AUGCUGUGCAUAAUGCAUAUUCGUUUCAAUAAUCGCUAAAAAUCUGAGUUUAGCACUCUGUGCUCCGAACCACACGCAAUGUUUUAGUUCUGCUACAAUUGAUAAAUAGUAUUCGUUCGUAGCACGUUUUGUUGCUGUGUUUAUUACGUUAAAGUAUGUAAACUGACAUUUUUCGACUUUUGGCUUAAUCAACCGAAAGUGGAUUUAGUCCGCGAACUUUUUUGUGACUUUUGAUGUGUUUCGACGGGCGUCAACAUCCGGAAGAGUUGCUUGUUUUGUAAUUAUUUCGUACGCCCACUCAUUCCAUCUGGUGUGUUGUUUGUUGCAAUCAUGUAUUGCAUAGUGUAAGUGAUAACUCAGCUCGGCUGUAAUCAAAAUGUCACUCCAAAAAAGUGUUAAAAGCGCAGGAGGGGAGAGAACUGAUCAGGAUAAUACAUCUAUAUGUUCAUCAGUAACUACGCAGCCUGAUAGACAUGGAUUUUUUGGUGGAGCUCAGUAUAGUCCAGAACCAAAAAGGACUGUAUCCCCGAGCACUAUACUUAAGCGAGAACAAAAAUGGCUGCGCAUGUUGAAUAACUGGGAAGCGUUUAUGAGUAAAAAUUAUAAAAAAGUACGUGAGAGAUGCCGAAAAGGCAUCCCUGCCUCAGUAAGACCGAAAGCCUGGCUUUAUCUUUGCGGGGGACAGCUGUUACUAGAGAAACAUCCUGAAGAAUACGAGGAACUUUUACAAGCACCAGGUGACCCGAAAUGCAUGGAAGAUAUCAGAAAGGAUCUCCAUAGACAGUUUCCAUACCACGAAAUGUUUAUAAGGGAAGAAGGACUUGGGCAACAAGAAUUAUUCUGCGUUUUAAAAGCGUACUCAGUGCUGAAUCCGAAAGUGGGGUAUUUCCAAGCGCAAGCGCCGGUCGCUGCGUUCCUGCUGAUGCAUAUGCCAGCGGUGCAGGCGUUCUGGUGCCUCGUCAGCAUCAGCGACAAAUACCUCAGCGGAUACUAUAAUCCCGGAUUGGAGGUGCUCCAGCGCGACGGCGACAUCCUGCACGCGCUGCUGCGCCGCACCGCGCCCGCCGUGCACCGCCACCUCGGCAAGCACCGUGUGGAGCCCGUGCUGUACGCCACCGAGUGGUUCCUGUGCGCGCUCACCCGCACGCUGCCCUGGGACAGCCUGCUGCGCGUCUGGGACUGCUUCCUCUGCGAGGGCGUCAAGGUCUUAUUCAAAGCGGCACUAGUAAUCCUAGCGGGGGCGCUCGGUCCGGCCAAGGUUCGCAAGCGGGCGGCCGGGCUCUGCGAGACGCUGGAAGUGCUUCGUCACCCUCCCGAGGGUAUCCUCGGGGAGGACUACCUCAUGUACCACAUGCAGCGUCUCAACCUCACCGAGGAAGACUUCGAGUUUGAGCACCAGCGGCAGACCGCCAAACGACGCGCCAUGGCCAAUAGAAGUGGUAGCUGAUUCAGCGAGUGUUCCUUUAAGCGUUAUUCAAAGAAUAACGCGCGGGACAUCUUCCACACUCUGUAAAUGAGUGUCAUAAAAACUGCCAAGUUAAAAUAAACCUUAAACCGUGUGUGAUAUUGACGAUAAUGCAUUGCGUGUAUUACGAACUACGAAAACGACUUGUUUUAUAGUGAAGUGAAGUGUUAAUGGUGAAAACUGCCAAUGAAACGAUGCACAAGAUAUUGGUGAGUGAUGUGAUUUGUACGAUUGCAAUAUUAUGAUUUAUUAGAAAUGAAAUAUUUAAAUUGAUUGCAAUCGAGUUAUGAAAAUGUUUGUAUUGUGAAGUAAUAUAACUCUUAUUUCAAUGUGAGAGAGUUUAGAUUACCGUAAAUUUUACAAAUAUAAACUAUAACUGAUUUACAGCUAGUGGAAAUAUAUAGCGUGGGAGAGAAACUACCAUUGGGUAAUCAUUUUUUAAUCUAAAUAAUCUGGUAUAAGUCAUAGGGAACUAUCAAAUUAAAUUUAUCUUACAGUUAAAUAUAUAUAUCUUAUAAUACAAUAUCAAUGUCAUAAUAUAAUGUUAUUUAUGAAUGGGUAAAGUCAGAGUUGCAAUGAAUAUUUUGUUUGUUGAAUG